CGGGGAAGCUUGAUUUCUUCACACUGACGCCGCGGGAGAGAAAGGAUCGGGGUUUCGAUUUUCGGAUGGACGAGCGUGUGUAUUCAGAGAUGAUGGCCAUGUCCAGGGGCGAUCACACUAUACACCCCACGAAUCUGGCGGACACAUGUGCGGCGGGAGGUGUUCAACUACCAGGACGGCCUGGAGGUCAGAACGAUUCAGGCCGUAGUGACGGAUGCAGGGAUGGGCAGGACGACGAUCAGGGAUCGACGCGGAAUUCAAGUUUCAGCGGCGGUGGUGUGGGCGGGUGCGGCAAAAGGAAGAAUGUGGGACAACAGACCUUCGACACGAUUGCGGACGUCAUGAAGGACCACGGGAGUCUGAUGGCGACGACGGUGGACAGCGCGAGCAAGAGGCAGUGCUCAAUUCUCACUAGGCAAUGCAACAUUCUCGAGGAAGAGCUAGAAGUGCAGAAGGAGCACUACGUGAAGGCCGACCAGGCGAACCUAUUGAUGACCCCAAGGGUGGCAGGGGUUGUCAUAACGGAGGUGCGCAUCCCGAGGCAACUUCCCACGGCGGCGGGGCAGGGCCAGCCACGUCAGGCACUUCCCCUGCAACAGCUGGGGGCUUCAGGGGGGGGAAAAGCACAGUCCACGCAAAAGGGCGAUGCAACAGCGAUCGGCACUCGGACGGCGGCGGCGGAUCACAGUGGUAGAAGCGGAGUCGCCGAAGGUGCGGCCGAGGAGAGGGUAGAACACGGUCAGGGACCAGGGAAACCGUUGAGGGAGGCGGUUGGGGAGUGCGCGGACUACUUCAUCGCAAUCGCCAACGGAGACGCAGGGGUCGAACCACCUGCGAUGCUCAUACUGCCGCCGAACGACGUGCCGCGCUUCAAGAUCGAGGGCCCUGCGCAACGUGAACCGGCUCUGCGCAGAGCGUGCAGCGUGGAGAAACCGGUGCUGCGCGCCAUCCACGGCUGGAUCUUCAAAUCGUCGUCGCGGUCGGGUAGAUUCGCUCGUGCAGAGUCGUACAUCAGCGUCGACAUUGCCACUGACGUCGCACGAGCAGUUUGGCAGGGGCAGAAAUGGUCGAACGUGGUGUCCCCUGCCCUUGUGUACCACACUCUGGCGAUGAAGAUGGACGUGCCUCUGUGGUUCGCGGGGGUAAAGAUUGUGGAUCGGCCUGAGGACGACGACAUGGCGGCGCGGCAGAAGGCGACAGUUCUUCGCAUCGCGGAGUGCUGGACAGACGCACUGUGGUGUGGACAAUGGGCGGACAACGGUCGCGUGAAACAUGAGAGGUUGUUUAGGCUUGCAGACUGUCUUCGAGCGUUGUUGAGCGCGUGCAUGUGGAUCAUGCGCAUGGGUGGUGACGACGACCGUUCGCACUACGAGGCGUGCCUUUACUCGUCCAUGGUCGCCAAACCGACAAUGAUAGCGGCGGGGUCGUACAUCUUCAACUGGCGGCGACACAUCGUCGACAGCGCGAACCUCGUCUUGGAUCGUAUAGGGAAGUCUCACCUCACGCAGGGAGAAUACCCGCACUGCAUUCCGGAAUGGUGUGACUGCGGGUUGGUGUUCGGCCACAACCCGGCCCUGAAGAACGCGGCGGAAGCCGCGAAACACGGAUGGAUUGGCAGCGGGCCCGCGGCGGAGGAGGUGGGAGACGAGGACAGUUGACACGUGGAUGCUUGUCACCCGUGUUUCCCUUCCUCAUGCGAUCGCCGGAUCCUAAUGAUUGCACCUACCAUGAAGGAAGGGGGGAAAAAUGAAAAUGAAAACUUUGAACUACU